AAACCCCUUGACCAUGGAUGACUUUGGCUGUUUUGAUUACAAGCGCCCGGUUAGCCACAAGCAAACUGAUUGGCGAACCUCUACGUAUCGGGGUCAUUACCAUCUCACCGAUCUGAGGAUGGACAACAAGCUGAAUGUAAAGUUUGCCGACAAGGACCUUUAUGUGAGGGAUCCGCUGCUGUCGGAGAAGCCCACCUCUGAAGCCAUGGCCAAUUAUGUAUGGCAGUAUGGAGAUCCCUAUGCCCUGAAGAAUCCCUCGCUCAACAUGAAGACCCAGUACAUGAAGCCCUUCGAGCAGGAGCAGCUGCGCUUUGUAAAGCGCCGCAUGAAGCCCAUCUCGAGUGUUAGCCACGACACCUAUGUGCUCAAGGAAAUGCCCGAGGAGCCGGAGGUGGUGGCCCCUGCCAUGCCCACGCCCGUUAAAGCCACCAAGCUAAUCAUCGAUCGUGCCGAGGAGGGCUACAGCAAGUACUUGGAUCCCUCGGCCACCACCUACAAUCUCUCGUAUGUGCGGCUGAGUCCGGAGAAAAUAAACGGUGGCGUGGGUGCCCACGACAAUCUUACGUACUGGAACUGGUCGGAGAAGAUGGUGCCCCCGCGGAAAGUGUCCCGUGAACCGGAUCCUACUAUGUGCGAUGAUUUUCCUUCCAAGGAUUGCCCCAAGCGCCGCUGCGAGUUCCAGAAUCUUACCAAGCGGGUGCCUCAUUCGGGUAUGGUAACGGAGGUGCGGGCCAAGUACACGGACCCGCAGAGCCGGCUGGUGGAGUUCGAUCCGAAUGUGAGGCCCGUGCUGGAGCAUGCGGAUGUGAUGCCGUUUGCUAAGAAGAGCGAAUACGGGAUAUACGGAUCGGGAGAACCGGUUUUAACUUAUGUUUAGAGGUCCUUUUCUCUAGGCUUAAUCUCUUCCUUCCUUUAGCUAAAUUUAUGUUAAAUAAAGCUUAAGGUUUUAUGCUUUAAA